GCUGGGCGGAGCGGCAAAAGCUUUGACCACCGGGACCAUUUGUGAGCUGUUUUUUCAAUUGAAAAAUUUCACCAGUCCUCAAACUUAAAAUGAGCCUUUUGGAGUUAACUGGGACCAGUGAUAACAUCAUUUAAACAGAAACCAACUUUAUUGGCAAGGAAACCCAGGGGUGAGUAUGAAAUAAAGUUUACAUGUACAUAAGAGCGUUAUAAAUGUGACUGUACCUAGUGAAAAAGUGUAAAGGGGUUAAAUUACUCAAAAGUAAUAUUUGAGACUGGAUCAUUUGUUGCAAUAAAUCAUAUUAUUAUGUAUAUUCUGUACACACGUAAAUAUGACCCUAAAAUGAGUUUCUUUACCCUUUAAUUUCUCUUUUUUAUGUCUUUACUAUGCUGCUGUAAAUUUGAAAUGCCCCCCUGUGGGACUAUUAAAGGAACAUCUUAUCUUGUCUAAUCCUGUUCCCAGGCUUCCUCCAGAACACAGAUAUGGCUCUAGUAUACAUUCUGAUUUUCCUCCUUUCUUUGAUGUUCAGGAGCUGCCAGUUUCAGUGUGUAAAAGGUUUGAUUGUUUAUCUACCUGCGGCAAAUGUAAAGAAAUACAUCCAGCACUGAGUUGAAUUUUGGAGGGUUUAUGAUUUUGUUUUCUUUUUGGCAGAAAUGGUUCAUGGCAGUGAGUUUUCAAUCAAUGUGACCACACAUAUUAAAGUGAGACCAGGCGACUGCAUCAGGAUCCCUUAUGAAAUUACCCUUGAAAAUAAAAAAGUAAGAGCCGAACAUACAAUGAUUUGGUUCAGGGGAGAUCCUGAAAACACAGUUUCGUCGAGACUUGUCAGAAAUGCAGAACGCAGGACAACAGGUGUUUUCAAUAUGGAUGGUCUACCACAUGGAGAGUAUGAGUUUGGCAUCAGAUUGGAAUGGGGGUGUAAUCAGACGUUCAUUUUCCCAACUACGAUUCGGGUCUCAGUUUCUGGUGAGUGACGGAUGUCAUUUUUGCAUGAGAUUGAAAAGAAAUUAAGAAAUAUGAAAAAAAAAACCAACUUUUUAACACUUCAACCCUUUUAAAAAUGCCUCACUUGAAUGACAUAAUUCAAUCCUGAAUCUGAAUUCUGUGUUUUGUUUUGUUUUUUCAGGAUUAAUCCAACCACCAUUUGUGCUGGUUCCUAUGUUGACAGAAGGAAAAACUUCAAGACUCAGAUGUUUGGCCGAUACUUUAUGUUCCGCCCCAACAAGAAUUACCUGGACUGGGACAGCUGUCAGAAAAGAAUGGCCACCGUUUGACAGAUAUGAUUGGCGGCCUCAUCACAGAGGGUUUCCCCUCACACCAACGGCAGAUGACCACAACACUAACGUCACAUGUGUGGCAGAGUAUGAAAACAACAUUGUUUCUGAGAAAACCGUCACAUUAAUUGUGAAAUGUAAGUAUGUUACAGUAUGUUUUAUUACACAACCUAAACUUUCUUUAGAAUUGAACUGCCGUCACUUGGUAUUAACACAAUCAGUAUCAUUUUAUACUGUGAUGUAUUUUGUAAUGUUAGGAGUUUCCUACAACACAGAUCCAAAGGGAGCCAGACUACAGUGACAACUGAAACUCUCAGUGCUUUUUCUGUAUUUUGUCUUGUAGUUGCGCCUAGAUUCCUGAAUGGUUCCCAGUGUGUGGUGAAAAGAGAGCUCCUGGUCUGCUCCUGCAUCAGUUGGGGGAAUCCUCCACCUCCCAUCACCUGGCCUGUGGACUCUCUUACAGACUUUUCCAUUAAGAGCCACAGUAAGGCUGAAAUUGUGAACAGCACCCUCACUUUUAAUGCAGCUGAAUUCUACAAUACCAGCAUCAAAUGUGUCAGCAGCAAUGAAGUGGGCCAGAGGAAGAUUGAGAUUAAGAUUCAGAACUACACAGAGACCUCGAAGAACUCAGUCAACCGUGAGUAGUCAGUCAGAUCUGCUGAGACCAAAUAUAUCUCCUAUGAAAUUUGAUGGUGGAUUCUUGAUGGGUUUCGUUGGGUUGACACCAUUUAUAAAUAUGUAUAAACUCAUGUAUUCCCAUAGCAAAUACAUGGCAGCCAUGUACUGCCCUUCCCUGGGUAACAGCUGUGUCCGUUUGUCUGAACCUGGUCCUUCUCAUCAGCUUGAUCAUCUGCAUUCACAAAUGGUAACACUCUAUGUUUAAACAACUGAACAAAAACGUGCUUAGUUUGUAACCCGAGGAUAGCAAAAUAAUUGCAGUUAUUUCUUCUAUCCAAACCAGAAAGAACUCAGUCAAGUAUGGUUUUAAUUUUCCUUUGCAGGUGCAAAAGGUCGAAAGAAAAAAACAGCAAGGAGGAGGACACAUACAUGGCCCUGAACAGAGCUCAAAUUGAGACAGAGUACAGUGUUAUUUCUCCACGGCGAAGAUAAAAAAUGUAAAGUUUUACUUGUCAGAUGAAUCCCUGUUGUGAAUGCACAGAGGAAGAGCUGGACUGAAAAUGGGACCCUUUUUUGCCACAAUGGUCUUUUGUUAAUCUUGUAAGAAAGAUGUGAAUAUAAACUAGAUGAAACUGGUUUUUGCAUCAAACAAAAUUAAAAUGUGAUUCUCAAUUCAUUAUUAUCAGUCAAGGUCUAGAAAGAAUCUCCCUGAUUAUUAUUGAGAAAAAGAAAAAAACUAAACUUAGUUUAGUGACUUUUAAAUUUGUUUUUUCACAGACGUAUACAGAACAUAUAUCAGUUUCCUUCCAGCACCAUCACUCCAUCCUGUGUUACUGACACAGGAAAUGACAUGCAAGAAGAAGGAAGUGCUGGCCACAGGAACCAGAAAGAGGACAAAGUUCAAUUGAACAUUUAAAAAAAUGAAAGAGUACAAAAUUAAAACGUUUUUUUUUUUGGUGGCAGAAAGAAAAGAUUCCCCUUUUUUUGGUGUCUGUGUUACCCAUAGACUGUGUUAAACAUAGAAGUAAUCACAGUGAUCACCACUCUGCCUGUAUAAUACCAUUUCAGGGGUGCAAUAUUUACAGAGUCCACCUGUAGAGCUCAAACCUGGAAACAGCCCAACACUUACUUAUCCUGGAAACAGAAUUGAGGCUGAGGCAGGUUUUGGUCUAUGUUAUACUUUUAUCUGAAGUUGUAUUAUAUCUGUAAUUUUAAUAUACUUUAUAUUUUUAUAUCAUCAUACUUUUAUGACAUUCUGCUUUUUUGUAAAGGGAGGGAUGGGGGCUGUACAUACUGAUGCUGCUAGAAUUUUCAUUUCCCCAAAGGAUUAAUAAAGUUCUGUUUAAUCAAAUGUAA